AACCUACUUUCCACUGGAGGUUCUUAACAAAUAUGUUCUGUAGAAAUCAUGAAGAUAAAGCCACUACUUAAUUUUUAUCUUCUGAAUGUUAUUGUACAACCUCUGAUUGGAUUCAAUGAUAAAAUCUUCUUUGAUUCUAAAACGGUUAUUAAAUCUACAACUACUGUUGUUGGAAGGCUUUAUGAAGAUGUGAUCAUUCCUUGUUCAUUUAAGAGAGGGUCCAAUAUAGUGAUUCACUGGAUGAGAGAUGAAAAGUAUUUACACAGCUUCUUCAAACAAAGUGACUAUCUGAAAAACCAAGACUCCAUUUAUGAAAACAGGACAUCUCUUUUUUCCAAUGAAAUCAACAAUGGAAAUGCCUCACUAAAACUUAGGAGAUUAAACCUGCAAGAUGAAGGAGUUUAUCAGUGCUAUACAUCAACAACAGACAAUGCCGAAUGUUCAAACAUAGACCUGAAGUUGGGAGCUUUCAUCACUCCUGCAAUAGAAUACCAAGAACAGGAUAGAGCUGACUAUUUAACAUGCUAUUUGUUUGGGGCUUAUCCCUCCCCAACUAUAACAUGGACAGAAAACAAUACAACAAACUCAGAAAGCAACACAGAAGUAUCAUCUUACCCUCCUUUCUUUGUUAAAAGCCAACUCAAAAUCACCAACUCAAAUUCCUCUUACCAAUGUAUUAUUGAAAAUUCAGUACUGAAUCAAAGAUGGAUUGGAAAAUGGAAAAGAAAAGAUACUAAUUUAACAACAGACGGUAAAAAAAUUUCAUUCCUAUGUGAACUUACAAAUGAGGAUUUUUCGCUGGAGAAAAACAGAAAUCUUAGUUGGUAUAGAGUAGAAAAUGCAUCCUCCACAAUUUUGGCAUCCUUUUCAAGCUCUUCAAGUAGCAUGGUCUUUGAUAAUCGGUUCACUUGGACCAAGGAUAUGAUGCAUGAAAGUAGAAACUUCUCUUUGACUUUAACACAUCCUAUUCAAUCAGAUAGUGGUAAAUACCUCUGCAACAUUUCAUCUAUAGACUCUACUCAGCUCAUGAUACAAUUUUUGACAGUUGAGCCACUUCCAGAAAAGUCUUCCUCCAACCAAAUUGUUUCUAUUACAGUAGCAGUGAUAAUCUCAUUAAUGAUAAUCUCUAUUGGUAUAUUAUUCAAGAAGAAGUGUAAUUCACACUACAGAUUUGUUCAUGCAAACCAAGAAGAGACACAGCAUGAAUCCUCCUUUUCUGAGACAAAAGACAUUUCCAAGGGAUCUCUUAAGAACUCUGGAAUCGGGGGCAGCGAGGUGGCACAGUAGCUAGAGCACCAGCCCUGAAGUUAGGAGGACCUGAGUUCAAAUGUGGCCUCAGACACUUAAUACAUCCUAGCUGUGUGACCCUGGACAAGUCACUUUACCCCAAUUGCCUCAGCAAAAAAAAAAAAAGAAGAAGAAGAAGAAGAAGAA